UCGGUUCAGAGCAUCGAUCAGCCCAGCCUAGUCCCCAGAGACAGGAUGCUCCGGAGCAGACGCAGCGGGAUGGAGCUGGAGGUUCUGCUGUGGAUGAUGAUGGUGAUGAUGAUGAUGAACUUAAUGGGACGAGCAGCAGCCCAGUCCAACCAGUACAGCAGAGCGGUGGACUGGCUGAGUAGAUAUGGCUACCUUCCUCCUCCAGAUCCACUUACCAGCAAACUGCAGACCAAAGAAGGGAUUGAGCAGGCAAUCCGUGUCAUGCAGAGAUUUGGAGGGAUCCAGGAAACCGGAAUAAUUGACAGCGAAACGCUGAAGCUCAUGUCCACGCCGCGAUGCUCGCUCCCAGACAUCGUCGGAGGCGAGGAGAUGAGGAGGAGGAGGAGGAGGAAGAGAUACGCUCUGUCAGGCCUUAAAUGGCACAAGACAGAUCUCACAUGGAGCGUCCACAGCUACCCAUCGAGAUCCAAUGUUAGCCCUGAACAGGUGAGAACUCUCCUGGCUCAUGCUUUGAAAGCCUGGAGUGACGCCGCUCCGCUGAACUUCAGACAGCUGCCGGGCGACGGCGCGGCCGGCGGGGACAUCAGAGUUUCUUUUGCCUCCCUGCUCCAUAACGACGGGUAUCCGUUCGACGGGCCGGGCGGCACCCUGGCCCACGCCUUCUUUCCUGGCCUGGAUGAAGUCUCCGGUGACACACACUUUGAUGACCAUGAGACCUGGAGCUACAGAGGUGGCGACAGCACCACAGACCUGUUCACCGUGGCGGUGCACGAGUUCGGCCACGCUCUCGGCCUCUCUCAUUCCUCCUCGGAUCCGUCCAUCAUGAGGCCGUAUUACCAGGGUCCGGUGGGAGACGUGGCCCAGUACAAGCUGGAUCUGGACGACAGACUGGCCAUCCAGCAGCUGUACGGCGCGAGAGGCGACACACGACCAGGUGGAGUUAACCCUGACCCUCCGCUCUUUCCGAGUCCUCUUCCCCCGAGGCCAACGAGGCUUCCUGAGCCUUCAUUCAAUGAGCGAUGCCAAGGAGGCUUUGAUGCAGUAGCAAACAUCAGAGGAGAGGUUUUCUUUUUCAGAGGUGCACAUUUCUGGAGAACAAAGCGAGACGGCUCUUUGGUGUCCUUAAGGCCGGCUCUGAUCACAAACUUUUGGAUGGGCCUUCCGACAGGAACAAACAAAGUCGACGCCGUUUAUGAGAGAAAGAGCGACAGCAAAAUCAUCUUUUUCAUCGGCUCGCAGUACUGGGUCUUCAGCGACACAAAGGUGAUGAGCGGUUACCCUCGGCCCCUGUCCGACUGGAGAAUGACCACGCCGAGCGGCGCCGCGCUGGACCGGGUGGACGCAGCCUUCGUCUGGGCCCACAACGGGAAGACGUACCUGUUCAGCGGGGGGCAGUUUUGGAGGUUUGAUGAAAGCCAAAAAACAGGCAAUCAGGAGCCAGAUCCCGGCUACCCACGGAGCAAUCACCUCUGGACGGGAAUGCCAACCCACAUGGAUGAUGUCAUCACCUGGGGUGAAGGAGAUGCCUACUUCUUUAAGGACGAUUUCUACUGGGUGCUGAAGGACGGGGGAAUGAACCAGGAGUAUGUUUCUCCCAAGGCCACAGGAAUGGACUGGCUGCGGUGUCCCGGUCCUCCUCCGACGGCUGCGCCGCAGAAUCCUGGGAAGCCAAAGGAAUGCAUCUGUGCCUUAAACAGAUCGUCUCUGAGGAACGACUGUCUGCUGCUGGUUGCCGUUAUGCUGAUAAUUAAUGGGUUGAUUUGUGUAAAUAAUUAACUAAUGUGGGCUGUUUUCUCUACACUGGAGUGUAAGCGGGACUCCUUUCUACCACCAUGCAGCUUUGUUUCUUCAUUCAAAGGAUUUACUGGAAGGAUUUGGCAACCGUAGGAUAGUAGGACUCUCCCAUCCCGGUUGUGUUUCACACUUUUGUGUUUGUAGAAUAAAACUGGACAAAAAUGCUUAAAUAUCAGCCUCCUUGGGAGAGUUUGAUAUUUAACACCAUUAUUCAGCAAAUGGAGCUCUUCUUUCACAUUUUAAUAUCUGAUCCAGACAAACAAAGUUAGAAGGUUAGAAGAUUAAACCUGAGACGCCUUUUUCUGAUUUCCAGAUCGAGUUCUUCCAAUAUAUAUUCUAGAUGUGUUUUAACAUAUAUUCAACCAAUUAUGCAUUAGUUUAUCCUGUUUUUAAAUUAUUACAAUUUGAAAUAUGGUAGUUAGAUUUUCUACGUCUUGCACAUCUUCUGAUUAAAUUUUAACUUGUACAUUAUCUCUGUUUGUGCUCUAAAGUUUGCUGCUUAAUAAUCGCCUGAAUUUACUUGUUUUUGUGUUAAUAACAUUUGGACAAAGGGCUGUUAUGUAGCUGAAUGAAAUCCUCAGAUGAACUUGAAAUGUUUGUUUUAAUGGAGUUCUCAGUGCAAAAUGAACAAUCAGACAUAUAAUUGUAAAUAUUCAAAAUUGUAAUCAGAACCUCUCGCUAUCUGUCUGAUAUUUUUAGUUUUUUUUAAAACUCUUGUGUGUAUUGUUUUUGUCAGGUUUACUGGUGAUUUGACUAGGCCAUCCUGAACUUUGUCCCUAGAAACUUAAUUUCCCAGAAGUUUUUAUAUUGCUGUGGCAUCAUCAGGGCUGUUGCUGCUUGUUGCUGCUUGUUGCUGCUUUGGAAACUCAGCAACUACAGCAACCUCUGAGACACUGGAUGGCCCACUGGCAACACUGGACGCUUUUUUACUUUAACAGAGUCGAAAUAAAAUAAAUAGUGAACCCAUAAAACCAUUAGGUUUUUAAAUAGCAGUUAUGGUUUAAGACUUAAGUAAAGUAGGCAAAAGGAAUGUAUUUUGACUAAAUUGCACCAAUUGUAACUUUCUGUUUGGGUGAAAAUGAGAGUAAACGGUUUCUGUCACAACGAUUACAGAAGAUCUAUAAGCUUCCUAAAAAGGAAGGCAGGCUUCCUAUUAUCAACAUACAUUGGAUAAAUUAUCACUGAGCGAUAAAAAAAAUCUGUGUGCGUUUUAACCAACAUGCAACAUGCAGUGUUUUUGAACACACACGUUGCAACAGGUGGUAUCAAAAUUCACACAGGUAUUUUGGAUUAAUGAACUCAUGCAAAUAAUUUUUUCAGAUUUUGUUUUUCAAUGUUAAAGUUCUGUAUUUUUCUUUUAUUGUUUUUGAUUUUUUUCUGUGUGAAAUGAAGCAGAUCUAAAGUGC